AUGGGGGAAUACGUCCCGUACGUGAUAUCGGCCACCGAUAGAAGUGGUCUGCUCGUCAUUGUUGCGGCUCUUUUCAUGUCGUGGAUGGUGAUUGUCUGUUUAAUCCGUCUCUAUAUGCGACUAGAAAUGAACGGACCUGUUCGAGUAGAUGACUUGGUGGUCUUCGCAGGUGGUAUUUUCGGAAUAGCCCACAUGGGAACGAUCAUGCAUGGAGUGUCCCACGGGCUGGGCAGAUCCCAAAAUGACACGUCUGCAUCCGACCUGAAGAGUGCCGCACAAUCUCUUUACGCUGCCAAUAUUCUCUUCCUUGUCGGCCACGGUGCUGCGAAAGCCUCCGUUGGAUUCCUCCUGCACCGGCUAGGCCGAGAGAAGGGGUAUCUCCUGGCAUGCAAAGUCACUUUACUGGCGACGGUGCUGUGGGUGAUCGCCUCAAUCUUAGCCAUUGCGAUCAAUUGCACGGCUCAGUACCAGUGGUCCAGUGAGGGACAUUGUCAUGGCUUGGGCAUAGCUUGGAAAGCAGUCACUACGUUCGAUGUCAUAAUUGAGAUCUCCUUGAUUAUCCUCAGCGUGGUGUUGGUUUGGGGAAUCCAAAUGCGCCUGAAAGAGAAGGCGACGGUCAUUUUUGCAUUUGCGACUCGGAUCUCAAUAAUCGUUCUGAUCAUUAUCCGGCAACGAUACCUAAACACCUCGCUAUCCCGUCCCGACACCCCAUUGCAUGUUUCGAACUCUUUGGUCGUGACAAUCAUGUUGCUGCAUUGUAGCAUCAUGGUGGCCACGAUCCCCUGUCUCAAACCGUUCAUUAUUGCAUUCAAUACCGGCUGGGGGCAAGGCGUCGCGGACAGCAAAGGGACCACAUACUACAAGCAAUCGGCUAUGAGCGCUUCAGGGAAUGCGUCGCGAAACCGUGGACCACAUAGCUCUGGGGCAGAGGAGGAAGAGCUCGAUUGGACGGUCGUCCGACAAUCCCAUGAAAGCCAGCAUUCACGGCAGCUGAUCAUUCACCAGACCCGAGAAUGGAUCGUGGAAGAGACGUAUGAAAUGAAGCCGAUGAGGUGA